AUGAGGUCGAAAGGAGUCGCAGCGACGUCGAACGGUGACGUCACGGCUGAAGAAGCGCGGUUCGGCAAGAAGAGCCACCGUGGACGGCGGCGUGCCGGCCGAAGAGCAUCGGGUGCUCACAACAACUCCGAGGGCUGUGAAAACACUGAAACACCUGUCGAGGAGUACCACUACAAACACCCGAAACAGCGAGUGCUCACCAUCGCCCUUUUCAUGUGGGAGCACGUCGCUACUUUCUGCAUCCCGUCCCAGGUGGCGGAGCUCGAGCGCGUCAGUCGAGAUGUGGCGCGGCACCUCACAGACUCCAACACUGGAACCCGUCUAAUGCAGCGCUACUGGAACGCACAGUGGAGUCGCAUGGUGUGGAAGGAGGAGGAGCUGACGGAUGAGAAAAGGUACCUGACGCCAACGAUGCUGAAGCACAGCGAGGGCAAGCAGAGUUGGAAAAAACUGUUUGUUCAGGAGUACCCAAUUUACCUGCAGCGCGUCCAUCAAGGCAGCGGGGUGUGCAAUAACGCUGUGAAUGAAGCGAAGGUGCUGUUCCAUCGAGAAGUGCUGAACACCGUGAAGACGGCGGCGGAGCUGAAGCGACUCGAGCUGACCGAGGAAGAGGCGCGCGUGAAAGAACAGCGGAAGCGCGGCGUUAAUGUGGAAUUCGAAGCGCCAAACACAGCUCCCAGCCCAUCCUCGCUUGAUGGCCCUCACGGCGCUCCUGCAACAAAGAAGGAGCGCGAGAAGCAUGAGAAGGGCCGCCCACGCGCAGUGGAGAAGGCACCGCACGAGUCGUACACCCGCAGUGACUACAAGGCGGACUACAGGACCGGUGACCGAAGGGGUAAACACAAGAAGGGCGGCACCGGCCGUUGGUCAAAUUUUGACGACUUUGGCGACUACGACUACUGA